GAAUGUAUACGUUUACAGGUUGCCAUGGUGUUUUGGUUUGGAGAUGGAUCUUCAUGGAACGUGUUAACAUGUCGAUGUAUUGGUGCAAAACAACAAUGUUUCGAAUAACCGCAUUUGUUUGGCAUCGGUCGGUUACUAGCGUAUACCUGUCAGUCGUUGGUUACCUAGUGAAAAAAGGUGAAAAUUGAAACUGAGUCAUUCUAUGUAAUGAAAAUGUAAUUUUCACACAGCUACAUACUUUUUCGUUCGAUGUGAAACAACGAAAGUGAAAUCUAAUAAAAUCAACAUGUUUGUUUAUCUGAGUAAAAAGAUCGCGAUUCCUAAUAACACGCGCAUCAAUUGCAUCGCUUGGAAUAAGACGCAGGGAUACAUUGCGGUUGGUGGUGAAGAGGGUUUGCUUAAAGUAUUAAAAUUGGAUACACAAUAUAAUGCAUUGAAUAACAAUCAGAGUCGAGCAGCUCCUGCGGCUCCCCAAAGCAAUUUAUGUAUGAAUCAAUCACUGGAAGGACACAAAGAAUCAGUCCAAGUCGUAACGUGGAAUGAUACCCAGCAGAAGUUGACUACAUCUGAUCGAGAUGGUGUCAUUAUGGUUUGGAUGAUCUACAAAGAUACUUGGUACGAAGAAAUGACGAACGAUCGUAAAAAAUCAACAGUAAAAGGCAUGAGUUGGACGUCAGAUGGUCAACAGAUAUGCAUUGUGUACGAAGAUGGUGCGAUAAUUGUGGGCUCAGUCGACGGAAACCGCAUCUGGGGUAAGGAAUUGAAAAAUACCUCGCUGACUGGCGUCCAGUGGAAUCCAGAUGGUCGUUUGCUUCUCUUCAGUUUAAAAAAUGGUGAAGUGCAUUUAUAUGAUGCACAAGGAUCGUUUGUGAUGAAGAUAAAUAUCCAGUGCGUUCCACUUGGACCAACGAGAAGUAUUGGUGUGGUGGGAAUAGCAUGGUUUCAUCGAACACAAUCGUUGAGUCGCCCGUCACUCGUCAUCGCCUAUGAAAAUGGAAAGUUUCAGAUUAUGCGUAAUGAGAAUGAUGACUUGCCAAUAAUCGUUGAUACAAAACUUCAAGCAACAGACUGUCAAUGGAAUCAUGACGGAUCUGUUAUAGCUGUAUGUGGAAUGAGACUGUUUGGAAGUGAAAAAGAUUCAAAUAUUGUAAUCUUUUAUUCCGCAUUUGGAGUGCAUCUUCGAACAUUAAAAAUACCUGGUCAUGAAAUAACAGCAUUGGCAUGGGAAGGAUGUUCUCUUCGGAUCGCAUUAGCAGUGGAUUCAUUUAUUUACUUCGCUAAUAUCAGACCAGAUUAUAUGUGGUGCUAUUUCGGUAAAACCGUUUGCUAUUUGAACGCUGACACUACGAAGACAGGCAGUUAUGUCGUUACAUUUUGGGAUACGGUGUCAAAUCAAUGCAAUAAUAAACAUAUUGACGAACCAAUUGCGAUGGCAGCAAGCUCUGAUCACUGCGUUAUUGCCGUUGAGUGCCCAAGUCUAUCAUCAAAAGAUCCAAACAUUCUGAUAGAAAAUAUCAAACUGGAUAAGAAAUAUCAACUCUUGAUUUGCAAUUCAAUAAGCACUACUGUUGAUUCUAAGUAUAUUGAUCUACCGCUGCAAUUCAUCGCAAUGAAUUCCCAAUUUGUGGUCGUUGCUUCUCAAAAUCAUUUUCUUCUUUGGCAAUAUCACACACCAAAGGGAACAUCAACAUUGCAUAAUGUCAAAGGACGGAAGGAUAAACGAUAUCACAUUGAUGAUACACCAUCUGGAAUAGUUGAAGUAAUCAAUGAUUUGGACAAAGGUGGCUACGAACCACCUCUGAAAAAUGAACCAACACUCGAUCCAAUUUGCUGCAUCGCAAUAUCCGAGAGUAUUCUACUGAUUGGCCGUGAAUCUGGAACGAUUAAUGAAUAUUCCGUACCGAAUGUUGCACUGCGAAAUCGACAUUCGCUUACAAAUCCACCAUACAAAAUGGCCAUAAACAGUAAUUCAACGCGUGCGGGUGUUAUUGAUUCAACUGGACUGCUUCAAGCAAUUGAUUUGGUCGAUAGUCGUGAAUUGUCAGCCGGUUCAAUGCGAAUUGGACGCAUCGAACGAAAAGAUGUGUGGACAAUGUGUUGGGCAAAAGACAAUCCACAGCUAUUGACCAUCAUGGAGAAAACACGUAUGUACGUUUUCCGCGGAGCUGACCCAGAAGAGCCAAUCUCUUGUUCAGGCUACAUUUGCAACUUUGAAGAUCUUGAAAUAACCGGUGUGCUCUUAGAUGAAAUUAUCAAUGGAGCAGCAACACCCGAUAAAAAUACUCACUUGCUUCAGCUGCGUGUCAAAUCGCUUCGUGACACUGAAGAAUUAUUAGCUCAUGUUGGAAUCACAGAAGCCAAACAGUUUAUCGAAGAUAAUCCCCAUCCCAGACUAUGGCGCCUAUUAGCGGAGGCUUCAUUGAAAAAUCUUGACUUCGAAACGGCUGAAAAUGCUUUCGUUCGAUGCACAAAUUACCCGGGGAUUCAGUUGAUCAAACGAUUGCAGAAUUUUCAGAGCGAAGCGUUGCAAAAGGCAGAAGUGGCUGCAUUUUUCGGCAAUUUUGAUGAAGCAGAAAAAUUAUACAUCGAUGCUGAUCGAAGAGAUUUAGCCAUUGAAUUACGGCAAACUCUUUGCGAUUGGUUUCGAACGGUGCAAUUGUAUCGCAUAGGGCCGGGCAUAUCAGACCAACAAAUGGAACAAGCUUGGAAAGAAAUUGGCGACCACUUUUGUAAUCUAAGAAAUUGGGAAAGUGCCAAAGAAUAUUAUGAAAAAGCGCAUGACAUCGAAGGAUUGAUGGAUUCUAUGUAUUAUUUGGAAAAUUUUGAUGAGCUUGAAAACUGCAUAAAUAAACUACCAGAGAAGAGCCCAUUGCUCGGAAAAAUGGGACAGAUGUUGGCUAGUGUUGGAAUGUGUGAUCAGGCUGUUUCCGCUUUUUUGAAACAGGGUGAUGUCAAAUCAGCUGUAAACACAUGUGUUAAUUUGAAACAAUGGGGUCAAGCUGUUGACCUUGCUCAAAAAUAUAAAAUGCCUCAAAUCAGUGCAUUGCUCGGAAAACAUGCCACUCAACUUUUGCAGGAGGGUCGACUAUUUGAAGCUAUUGAACUGAAACGAAAAGCUGGAAAGUAUUUGGAUGCAGCCCGCCUAUUAACGAAACUGGCUGAAGGGGAAGUGAUCAAGAAGAGUAGUAUGCUGUGCAUAAAAAAGUUGUAUGUUUUGGCUGGUCUACUCAUCGAGGAUCAUUUGCAUGUGCAAGCGUCAUUGACUGGUGGAACUAGAGCUUCAAUAGUAAAUGGUCUUUUGCCGGAAGAUUCAGUAUUACUCGAUCAGAUAUGGCAUGCGGCAAAGGGUUAUCACUUUAUGUUAUUGGCUCAGCGGCAAUUGCGCAGUGGACUCAUUCACAGUGCAGUAUUCACAACGAUGCAGCUGAGGGACUACGAAGAUGUGUUAAAUGUUGAAGAUAUUUAUUGUUUGCUUGCCUUGGCGAGUUGUGCGGAUCGAUCUUUUGGUACAUGCUCGAAAGCAUUCAUUAAACUUGAAUCGCUCGAAACCAUCCCUGAGCAACGUCGCAUCGAAUAUGAAGAAUUAGCCGUCAACAUAUUUUCACAGCACGAGCCAGAUGAUCUACGGUCCGACCGAACUGAAUGUUAUAUUUGCGAUGCUUUGGUUCCUAAGUGGUAUUCUUCUUGCCCGAACUGUCGAACUCAAUUUUCCUCUUGUAUUGCAUCUGGUCGCAGCAUCAUUCGUCAGAUCGAUGGAUGGCAAUGUAAGAGUUGCCAUCAUUGUGCAUAUCAAGAAGAAAUAACCAACCGAAAGUCAUGCCCACUGUGUUUUACUGCGAUAUCUCUAACAACAUCCGAAUUUUAGUUCAAAAAUCCCAUUGAAUGAAUUUAUAAUUGAAUUGCCCCCAGGCCAAUAGUUUUUUUUCAUAUGCCUUGAAAGUAUCAAACACUUGAAAUUACAAAUUUGACCUAAGGACGCGCUUAAAAUAGAGAACGGAUUAUGCGGAUAAGAUACCGAUAGAUCACGGAGAAAAUGAACAAAUAUGUUUUCAUUCCUUUUUUUUACACUAGCACAUUUACUACUUUCAGAUCGAAUUAAAUAGAGGAAAAAAUAAGAGAAAAAAGGGAGAGAGAUAUCAUCCAUUUUCCUGAAUUAUAAAAAUUAACUGAAUUUUGAAUGUCAAAUGGAGCCAACCACAUUUUCCGAAGUGGUCACAAAAUAUUCCAAGAAAAAUAUAUGACAGCAUUUUCUCUAUA